UUCGAAGGAAAAAAAAAAAAAAAAAGCUUAAAUAUAUAUACUUCGGGAUCUGAGCAAUAUUUUCGUCGAUUAAUUUAAUUCCCAAAUUGCCGAUCAUCCUGUUCCUGCAUUCAAGUCAACUUUGCUGGGAGCAGAAUGUGCGGCUGUUCACCAUUGCGGGAGUUUUCUUUUCUCUUUAAUGGUAGACAGACUUAUAGAGGUUUGCUGCAUUUAAUUCGUCGCUGUCUCGUCAUCACUCGAUAGCCAUUUUCGUUGGAAAGAAUCCAAGAUCGGAUAAUUUGUAUGAAUUAAUUUUCAAGGAGGAGUACGGAUUUGAUUAGGGUUUUUUUAAUUUUUUAUUUCCCCCAAAUCUUGAGAAGGGGAAGGAGUGGUAGAGAAGAGGGGCUGUGGGGGCUUCUUGACCUUCUUUAACUUCUAUUUUAAUUCUCUCUAUGUAUAUUUCUUGAAUUAAAAGUUGGAAUAUUUGGCCUCCUUUGUCUCUCUCUUGUUCUCUCUCUCUCUCUCUAGCCUGUAGUUUUUUCCUCCCUUUUAACCAAGAAAGGGGAAAGGAGAAACUUGUGCUGGGAUAUGCAAUUGGGAAUUGAAUAAACUGUGGGGAUUAACUGAUAUAAAAGUGGUGCUGAAUGGCUGUGGUUCCACAAGAAGCCCUCAAGCAAUUUGAGGAAUUAAUGGAGGAAGUUGAUGAAUCCCUCAAAAUAACAUUCCAGAAUAUGCAUCAAGGAUAUCCUCAUGAAACUUUGGGACGAUUCCUUAAGGCAAGAGAAGGAAAUGUUGCUAAAGCUCACAAGAUGUUGGUUGAUUGCCUGAACUGGAGAGUACAAAAUAACAUCGACGACAUGCUGGCUAAACCCAUCGUUCCUGUAGAGCUUUACAGAGGAAUACGCGAUUCUCAGCUCAUAGGGCUGUCUGGUUACUCGCACGAGGGCAUCCCUGUCUUUGCUAUCGGCGCAGGGCUCAGCACGUUAGACAAAGCAUCGGUACAUUAUUACGUGCAAUCCCACAUCCAGGUCAAUGAAUAUCGCGAUCGUGUGAUUUUGCGGGCUGCGACAAAAAAAUAUGGGAAGCACGUUAGCAAAUGCAUAAAGAUUAUGGAUAUGACUGGGUUGAAGCUCUCGGCAUUGAACCAGAUAAAGAUUUUGACAACUAUUUCUUCCAUCGAUGAUCUGAACUACCCGGAGAAGACUCAAACUUAUUACAUUGUGAAUGCGCCGUAUGUCUUUUCGGCUUGUUGGAAGGUCGUGAAGCCGCUUCUUCAUGAGAGGACAAGAAGAAAAAUCGAUGUACUGUCCGGCUGUGGGCAGGAUGAUCUGUUGAAGAUAAUGGAUUAUUCCUCCCUUCCUCACUUUUGCCGGAGGAGAUCUUCGGGAUCUUCAAAAAAUACAGACAAUGGCGCCGAGAAUUGCUUCUCGUUGGAUCAUCCGUUCCAUCAACAGCUCUACAGUUAUGUCAAGCAGCAGUUCUUGGUUCGUCUGCCAGUCGAGCCCUUAAAACAGGGGUCUGUGCAUGUUACUUUGCCUGAAGGCGCCGAUGAAGAAGACAUUGCAAAGAUUCUAGAAUCCGAGCUGGAGAAAUUCAAGGGUCUUGCAGAAUCUCGGGAUUCUUUGAAGGGCCUGACAGUCGUCGAUGAUAAGCGCUGAACAAACCAGUCUUGAUGUAUUUAAUUACGAACGUUUCAUCGUUGAGGAAACAGUACGAGGCUGUGUUCAAUACACGCUGCCCGGCAAUGGAAUAAAUUGCGUUAACCAGGUAUUUGUUACACUCGGUUCUGGUUCGUGUUAGAUUAUCGCAAGUUGUAAAGAAAGCGUAGCGAAUGUUAGAAUCCCGCACUGUUUUUAUCCGUUUGUUAUAAGCUCUUCGAUGUUCAUUUCCGUGUGUUUUUUUCUUUUCGCGGAUGGAAAUACUUCGUUUGAUUGUUCGAGCAAUCCGAUCUGUUUAUAAACAUUCGAAGUUUUGCUCCU